UUCGCCAUUUUCGCAUCCCUUUGUGCUGCAGAGUUCGUAGCUUUGUUUGAAUCCUUGUGGAUAAAACAUGCAGGGAAACAGAGGGUCUUAUCACAACCAUGGGCCAAACCACCAGCAGGGUCCGGGCGACCAGAGGAGAGGCGGCGGCAAAGACAGCAACGGUCAGCAGCCGGAGCCCAGCGAGAGCCCCCGUCUGAAUGAGGCCUUAACGCUGGACCCGCAGAGCUUCAGGAAGCCCGGGGAGAAGACGUUCACCCAGAGAAGUCGACUGUUCGUGGGCAAUCUGCCAGCCGGCUGCACCGAGGAGGACAUCGAGAACUUGUUUGCCAAAUACGGUAAAGCCUCUGAGAUUUUCGUGAACAAGGAUCGAGGGUUCGCUUUCAUCCGGCUGGAGACCAGAAUCAUUGCCGAGAUCGCCCGGGCCGAGCUGGACGACACCCCUUUCCGCGGUCGAACCAUCCGGGUCAAGUUCGCCACGCACGGCGCCGCGUUGUCGGUCAAGAACCUGCCCGAGUGUGUGUCCAACGAGCUGCUGGAGGAGGCGUUCGCGGCCUUCGGCCAGAUCGAGAGGGCGGUGAUCAUCGUGGACGACCGUGGCCGGCCCACCGGGAAGGGGAUCGUGGAGUACGCCACCAAACCUGCCGCGAGAAAGGCUCUGGACAAGUGCAACGAUGGAGCCUAUCUGCUCACCGCCUUCCCCAGGCCUGUCACCGUGGAGCCGCUGGAGCAGCUGGAUGAAGAUGAGGGGCUGUUGGACAAGCUUAUCAACAAAAACCAGCAGUUCCACAAGGAGCGGGAACAGCCUCCUCGCUUUGCCCAGCCGGGCACCUUUGAGUACGAGUACGCCAUGCGCUGGAAGGCCCUGAUGGAGAUGGAGAAGCAGCAGUACGAGAUGGUGGACCGCAACAUGAAGGAGGCCCAGGAGAAGCUGGAGGCUGAGAUGGAAGCCGCCCGCCACGAGCACCAGGUGAUGCUGAUGAGACAGGAUCUGCUGAGGCGCCAGGAGGAGCUGCGCAGGAUGGAGGAGCUCCACAGCCAGGAGGUGCAGAAGAGGAAGCAGGCCGAGCUGCGUCAGGAGGAGGAGCGGCGCAGGAGAGAGGAGGAGAUGAGGAUGCGCAGUGAUGAGAUGCUGAAGCGGCAGCAGGAGGGCUUCCGGGGAAAUUUCCCCGAGAACAGGCAGCAGGACAUGAGGAUGCACAUGGGUGCGCACGGGAUGCCUGCUGAGAACGCUCCCAUGAUGGCGGGGCCUGGGAACCCCAACAUGCCGCCCGGAGGCCAGGGGGGCUUCCCCAGAGGUCUGGCAGGACCGGAGGACUAUGUACCCAGCAACAAGCAGCGUCGAUUCUAAGGUUUCUUUUCCAGACUUGCACUGUAUUUUCAAAGCUCUCACAUAGUGUCGUGUUUUUUUAAAUCUUUUUUUUUAUUAUUAUAUUUUUAGUCAUUUCUCCCGCAACAUCGUUCACAUUUUGUUCUUUUUACUGUUGAUGUUCUAAAAAAGUUGACAGUGUUUUGACCUAGGAUGUGUGACUUUUCUGAAAUAAAUUCACCACUCCCUGACUUGGUGUCUUCUUCAUGGUCUGUGUGCCACAGCUGGACACAGACAGAAGGUCAAUUCAUCCGAUCAGAUCAAUAGAAUUUGCAUACUGGAAACUCCCCUUUGAACAAGGUUGCAUCUGCUCAUCCUCGCUCAGUCUUCUGGGUUAAACUUUAGAUAUGCAGUUUACUGUUAUUAAUAAAGGAAUGCAGUAUUUUAAAAGAGAUGGGUGCUUCCUUUAUUGGCUGUGUAAUUCGUAUUUAUAUCGGAAAAUUUUUGAAUUGUCUUUCAUGCUUGGAUGUGUAGUGUCGCAGACUGAAAAAUCAAUUGUUAAAUUCUGGGGGGGAAUUUUUCCCAUUUGUGUCAAGGACGAUGCUUGUGUUUUCUCUCAGAUAUCAGUGUUCAGUUUAUUUCAGUCAUUCAGUUUAUUAUUAUUUUUCACAGUCCACCCACUCAAAAGCCCACAGAACAACACAUUGCAUUGCAUUUUACUACCUGAAAUAUAACACUUGGAUGAAGCUCAGGAGAGGAUCUCUUAAAUAAACAUCUGUGGUCCCAUACAGCAGGAGCCUGUGAUUUAAAAAAAAAUACAACUAACCCAGCGGGUACACAGGAGUGAAGUGCGUCUUCAGCACAAAUACCAUUUCACAAAUCAUACAAUAAAAUGCAAUACUUGCGCAGCUUAUGACAGACAACACUAUUGCGCGUUCUGAACAAUAUAUACAGCUUUUUGCACGUUCCAGCAUUAGAUAAUAUUCACAUGUGCAUCACACAUAUGGAUGGAGUGUCACUCUAAAUGAAUGAAACAGUGUUAAUCAUCAUACUUCAUACAAAGUGAGCACAAAAUCCAGUACUUCAACUGGCUUGAUGGUAAAUAUAUCAACAGUCCAGUCUGCACCCGAGAGUGUGGCAGUUCUGAUGGUGCUGG